CGCCCGCGCCGCGCCGCCGCCCCCCUGCGGCCCCCGCGCGCCGGCUGCCCCCGCCGCCCACCCGCGCCCACGCGCCCCCCGGGGAUGAGCAGGAUUCGCGGGGAAGAAGGAGCAUUUGGUGAAUGAUGAUAGGGUCAUUGUGGCUCCUGUUGGGCAUUUGGUGCCGUGGAGUGCCUCCAAGAUCGUUUUUGCAUUCAUAUGAACAUGGUGAAGCCUGUCGCCCCCUCCGCGGCCGCGCAGCUCCGCGGCGCCCCCCCCAUUGUCGCUCCCAAGUUAGCAUAUAUCACAUUUCAUGGGAAAGGGAUUAUGGUUUCUGCUGUCACAUUGAUGAAGAAUGUGCAAAGGAGUUGGCUGAUGUUCCUGGGGUGUUAUCUGUUCGACCAGAUACAAACUUUGGAUCAGACAACAAAGAUUAUAAAGGUAACGAUGGCUUCAAAUCAUCUGAAGGGACUGGAGCAGCCGAUAUCAAAACUAAAAGGCUCUUUGUCACAGGGCUUUCAUUUUAUACAUCUGAGAAAACUUUACGGGCAGCCUUUCAGCCUUUCGGUGAGCUGGUAGAAGGUACCUCAGCUACGAGCAAGCAUCAAAGGGAAUUUUGUGGGCUUACCGUCAACAGACCGGGGAUGGUAACAGUGAUUGUUCAAAGAAAGAAGAACUGGUCUUACCAACUGAUAGCAAACAUGAUUCUGCAAAGUUUUCUGAAGAUAGUUCCUAAGAAGUGAGAAAGUGCUCUGAACUGUGGGCAUCUGAUUUGGCUGCUCCAUUGAGUGAUGAACAGAGUCUAGAGGACUAUGAAGGAUGUAGUAAGGAUUGCCAAGCUAGACAACCCAAAGGACUUAAAGGAUGUUCUCGAGAAGGCUCUCAAGUUGUUUCUCAAGAUGAGAAUGGACAAAGGCCCCGCCGACCAACCCUCUGAUGUGCCGGUCAUUAUCGAUGAUGGCAAGCUGCCUGGCGAAACUACCCCAGGCAUCAAUGCGCUCCACUUCAAGGACGUGAACAUGGUGAAGCUCUUCAAGGCAUUUUUGGCUGCUGGAGUCAUCUGCGGGGUGCACCACUUGGAUGUGGUGGCGCGCCAUCGCAUGGCCAAGGAGAGCGGUGUAGCACUGUUUCUUGCCAUUUCUGCCUCGGCAGCCGUGCCCAUAGCCCCCUUUGUCGUGACCAAAACCGGUGGCAUGGUACCAUCCGACGUUGCCAAAGCCGCUGCACUUCUAGCAGGGUUCGUAUGCCCCGGACUACUUGGACAUCCCAUCCACGUAACUAAUAUGCUCCCCCACGCCAUGUCUGGAGCUAACUCAUCUGCUCCUAGAUUUGGUCCUGCAGGUUUCGUCUCUGUAGUCGUGGUCCCCUUCCUGUCUUGCCAAACUACCCUAGUCAUCGGUGCGCUCGACUUCAAGGACGUGAACAUGGUGAAGCUCUUCAAGUCAUUUUUCGCCGCUAGAGUCAUCUGCGGGGUGCACCACUUGGAUGUGGUGGCGUGCCAUCGCAUGGCCAAGGAGAGCGGUGUAGCACUGUUUCUUGCCAUCUCUGCCCCGGCAGCCGUGCCCACAGCCCCCUUUGUCGUGACCAAAACCAGUGGCAAGGUACCAUCCGAAGUUGCCAAAGCCGCUGCACUUCUAGCAGUGCUAGUGUGCCCCGGACUAUUUGGACAUCCCAUCCACGUGACUAACAUGCUCCCCCAUGCCAUGUCUGGAGCAAACUCAUCUGCUCCCAGAUUUGGUCCUGCAGGUUUUGUGUCUGUAGUCCUAGCCCCGUUCCUGUCUUCCCAAACUACCCCAGCCAUCGAUGCGCUCCACUUCAAGGACGUGAACAUGGUGAAGCUCUUCAAGUCAUUUUUGGCUGCUGGAGUCAUCUGCGGGGUGCACCACUUGUUUCAGUUGGUUGUUUUCAUUAAGUUCAGGUAUAUAGCAUGCAGGUGCACGAGGCCAUGACUUGUGUGGAUCCCGUGCACGUUCUGCAGGUGGUGGCGAGAAUAGCUCAUUGCGACCGGGUCUUUAGGCAUGAAUGGGUUGUAACUUGAAUUGGAGGUCAUGGGGAUGGACGUGGCCAACGUUCCAGCACGAGACACGCUCUGUACAUGUAGGUCGUUUCCUAUAUAUGCUGAAUAAAAACAGAAAACGCAGCACUUCGUUCGCUGCACAAAAACUACCGAGUUCACGUCGCGUUCUAGUUCGUGUGUGUGUUCUCGGCGAUCCGGCUCGAGAUCGUGUUCCUGCGGCAUCCCGCCGAUGCAAGUCGCUGGAGUUUCGCCGUCAAGUGGUAUCAGGGCCAACAAGUGGCGCAGAAGCAUGUCUUCCGUAUCGGGGAGGUCGCCGCCGGGUGGAUCCCAGUCGCCGCUGCACGUGUGUGCUAGGCGAUCGCCCACGCGCUGGAACGGGCGUCGUCAGCGAGGUGUAGUACGUGAAGUCGUCGUCGAGCGAGUUGUGGAGAGGAUCGCGGCCUCGGGGCCGGCGAACUUUCCUGUUCUCACCAAGACCAACUACAAUGAUUGGUCAUUGUUGAUGAAGAUCAAGCUGGAGGCGAGGGGUCUCUGGAACGCCAUUGAUCCCGGUCGACCGCAUGGCGCUAGAUGCGUUGUGCAGUGCACUUCCUUCAGAGAUGCUGUCGACGGUUGGGAACAGGGGCUCAGCAAGAGAAGCUUGGGAGAGUAUCAAGACGAUGAGGAUCGGAGAUGAACGCAUCCGGAAGGCGAGUGCUCAGAAAGUGAGACGCGAUUACGAGACACUCGCGUUCCGGGAUGGCGAAUCCGUUGAAGAUUUUGCUCUGCACCUGAGUGGCGUGGUGAGCUAGUUGGCAAUCCUGGGAGAUCCGGAACUGGAGGAGAAGGUCGUCCAGAAGUAUCUUCGCAUGGCGCGCCCCAGGUUCAAACAACUCAUUAUUUCAAUUGAAACUCUUCUUGAUACAUCAACCUUGUCAGUGGAAGAGAUCACUGGUCGGCUCAAGUCAGCCGAAGAUGAUCCAGAAACACCAUCAGGCCAAUCCUCCGGGAAGCUGUACCUCACUGAAGAAGAAUGGAUAGAGAGGUACAAGAAGAAGGAGCAAGGAGGAGGGCGAGGUGGAAGCAAUUCUGGUGGCCGCAGUAAGCGUGGCCGUGGAAGAUGGCGCGGUAGAGGCGGCAGGAGCACUGAGGGUUCUGGGGGAGGAUCCUCCAGAAACAAUGACAAGUGUAGAAGUUGUGGAAAGAUGGGACACUGGGCAUAUGAGUGCAAGAGCAAGCCCAGGAAGGAGGAGCAAGCUCAUGUAACCCAGGACAAUGAGCAAAGUCUGUUGUUCCUUGAAGUAGCUUCAGAGCCUGUCCCGGCAUUAUCAGAGCCGGGGGAGAACCUUGUGGCAAGAAAGCAGUUGGGAGAUGCAACUGUUAAUGAGAAGGAAGCCAUGCCUACAUCAAGAGCAAAGAAUAGUAGGAUGGUGCAUCUUGCCGAAGGAAAGGUGUUUGCAGCACUUGGAGAAGAAGGGGAUCGAGACUCUCGCCGGUGGGUAUUGGAUACUGGAGCAACCAACCAUAUGACAGGGUCAAGGUCAGCAUUCUCCAGUAUUGAUUCAAGCAUCACAGGCACAGUUAGGUUUGGAGAUGGAUCAGUGGUUCGCAUUGAGGGACGUGGCACAAUUCUUUACUCAUGUAAGAAUGGUGAGCACCGAAGUCUGCAGAAUGUAUAUCUCAUUCCACGCCUCACAACCAACAUUAUCAGCAUUGGUCAGCUUGAUGAGAGUGGGCACCCUGUUCACAUUGACAAUGGUGUAAUGAGAAUUCGUGAGGAAGAUGGAAGAUUGCUUGCCAAGAUCCACAGAAGUACUUCACGACUGUAUGUUCUUGAGCUGAACAUUGCAAGGCCAGUAUGUUUAGCAGCACAUGCUGAGGAGGACGCCUGGAGAUGGCAUGCUCGUUUUGGGCACUUAAACUUUGGCUCGUUGAGAAAGAUGGGAAAGGAAGGUCUUGUGCGUGGACUGCCGAUGCUGAAUCAAACUGAGAAGUUGUGUGAAGCUUGCUUGGCAGGAAAACAACGGCGAGCUCCAUUUCCCCAACAAGCAAGAGGUCGUGCAGAGAGACCGUUGGAGCUCCUUCAUGGUGAUCUUUGUGGACCGAUCACCCUAGCAACCCCAAAUGGGAAUAGGUAUUUUCUUCUCCUGGUGGAUGAUUUCAGUCGCUAUAUGUGGAUAGCACUGCUUCCUAGCAAGGAUGGGGCAGCCACUGCGAUUAAAAGGAUUCAAGCAGCAGCAGAAAGAAAAAGUGGCAAGCAACUUGGAGCCUUACGUACAGAUAGAGGAGGUGAGUUUACUGCAACACAGUUUUCUGAAUACUGUGCAGAACUUGGUGUAAGGUGUCAGAUCACUGCACCCUACAGCCCUCAGCAAAAUGGGGUUGUGGAACGUAGAAAUCAGUCAGUUGUGGGCACGGUGCAUGCUCAAGGCAAGAGGCUUACCUGGUUUGUUUUGGGGGGAAGCUGUUAAUGCUGCAGUAUACCUUCUGAACCGGUCGACAUCAAAGGGAGCUGGGGGCAGGACCCCUUAUGAGCUUUGGACAGGAAGUCUGCUAGCGGUUCAUCAUCUUCGGAUUUUUGGGUGUUUGGCACAUGUGAAGGUUACAGCACCACAUCUGAAGAAACUUGAUGAUAGGAGCUGACCGAAGAUUUUUGUCGGAUAUGAACCAGGUUCAAUGGCCUACCGAGUGUAUGAGCCAAGAAGCCGAUGAGUACACAUAAGUAGAGAUGUGAUCUUCGAUGAGAGUGCUCAGUGGAAGUGGGAUGUAGGGUCUGAAAGGAACACUGAAAUGGAGUUCACUAUUGCAGAUUUCCCAUACACACAGAUGCAAAAGGAGUGGUGUGCAGAUGCUGAACCAGGUGAACAUCCAAGUGCAGAUAUUUUAGAAAUGCCAUAGUAUUCGGCAAGUCCGGGUAAUGCAGUCUCUUCAGAAGUUGCUGCAACAACAUCUAGCUCUCGGUCAGUUGAAGGAUCCAAGUCCACACCCCUGAAUGGUUCACCUACAACACCAACAGCAGACAGAAGCACCAGUGCAGUUUGCAUCUCCACCAACACAAGCUGGUGAUGAUCUGGAUGCAGAUCACAAUGAAGAAGCACCAAUUCGAUAUCGUAGCAUGUCAAAUGUCCUUGGUUCAGGAGAAACUCCAGGGAUGGCCCUUCGAGAGUUAUAGGAAGACCUUCUUCUGACUGAAGGAGAGGAGCCGGCAUCAUUUUCACAAGCUAAAAAAGAAGAACCCUGGAGACGUGCUAUGCUAGAAGAAAUAUCUUCAAUUGAAGAGAAUGAAACUUGGAGCCUGGUUGAUCCUCCAACUGAUCAAAGACCCAUUGGUCUCAAAUGGGUGUUUAAGUUGAAAAAGGAUGCAGCAGGGAAGGUGGUGAAGCAUAAAGCAAGGCUUGUUGCAAAAGGUUAUGUGUAGAGGGUUGGAGUAGAUUUUGAUGAGGUGUUUGCUCCUGUAGCGAGGCUUGAUUCAGUCAGAUUGCUCUUGGCACUUGCAGCACAACAAGGAUGGUCAGCACACCAUAUGGAUGUCAAAUCUGCAUUUCUGAAUGGGAUUUUAGAAGAAGAAGUGUAUGUGGUGCAACCUCCAGGAUUUAUUGUUGAUGGGCAGGAGCACAGAGUGUAUAAACUGAAGAAAGCAUUGUAUGGGCUAAGACAAGCUCCAAGAGAUUGGAAUACAAAAUUGAUUCCACCCUCAAGAAGUUGGGUUUCAGGCAAAGCCCUUUAGAGCAUGGAUUGUACUCCAGAGGAACAGGUAACUCAAGAAUACUUGUGGGAGUAUAUGUUGAUGAUCUUGUGAUCAUUGGUGGAAAUGAUGAAGAAAUCAAUGGGUUCAAAAGGCAAAUGAAAGCUCAGUUCAAGAUGAGUGAUCUUGGACUUCUAAGUUUCUACCUGGGAAUUGAAGUUCAUCAAGCUGAGGGAUGCAUCACUCUCAGCCAAGCAGCUUUUGCAGCCCACAUUGUUGAAAAAGCUGGUCUCAUGGAUUGUAAUCCAAGUGCUACACCCAUGGAGCCCAAGCUGAAAUUAAGAAAGAAGAGUACAGCACCAUUGGUGGAUGAAACAGCUUACAGAAGUCUUGUAGGAAGUUUGAGGUACUUGGUUAAUACAAGACCUGAUUUGGCAUUUUCAGUAGGCUAUGUGAGCAGGUUCCUAGAGAGGCCAACAGAGGAACAUUUACUGGCUGUCAGGAGAAUCAUUCGUUUUGUAGCUGGGACCAUUCAUCAUGGGUGCAAAUAUGUGAGGAAUGAUAACCGGAAAUUACAUGGUUACAGUGACAGUGACCUUGCAAAUGAUGUUGAUGAUAGGAAGAGUACAACUGGUGCAGUGUUCUUCUUGGGUGACAAUCCAGUUAGUUGGCAAUCACAGAAGCAAAAAGUGGUGGCCCUCUCUUCUUCUUCUUGUGAAGCUGAGUAUAUUGCAGCUGCUACUACAACCUGUCAGGGUUUGUGGCUGAGCAGGUUGCUUGGAGAUAUCAGAAACACACAGGCUGAAGCUGUAAGUCUGAUGGUGGAUAACAAAUCUGCUUUGGCACAGAUCAAGAACCCUGUUUUCCAUGACAGAAGUAAACAUAUCCAGACCAGGUUUCACUUCAUCAGAGAAGCAGCAGAGAAUGGGGAGAUCAAGCCAGACUACAUAUGCACUGGAGAUCAACUUGCUGACAUCUUUACCAAACCACUUCCAGGUGUUCGGUUUCAGAUGCUGCAAGCUCGUUUUGGAGUAGGAAAUGUAAGAGCACAAGCUUAGGGGGAGAAUUGUUAGAAAUAACCUUGUGCUCGUAGCUUACAUGUUGUCUUUACAGUUUCAGUUGGUUGUUUUCAUUAAGUUCAGGUAUAUAGCAUGCAGGUGCACGAGGCCAUGACUUGUGUGGAUCCCGUGCACGUUCUGCAGGUGGUGGCGAGAAUAGCUCAUCGCGACCGGGUCUUUAGGCAUGAAUGGGUUGUAACUCGAACGGGAGGUCAUGGGGAUGGACGUGGCCAACGUUCCAGCACGAGACGCGCUCUGUACAUGCA